CCAUGGUGCUAUCUUGAAUAACCAUCCUUCACUCCUCCAUCAUCGGCGCUCGCUACAAGCGCCGUUAGCAAGCUUCUACUACAGACUGCUCGGAAUCUUUCAUUCAUCGAUUUUUGGCCCUGUGGUGCCUCGCAGUCGACCUCGAAAACUGCCCCUCGCUGCUACCAAAGCUAUAUUGUCCGACACCCACGUUCUUGACUCAUCAGCGCCGACAAUUUAUUUCCUCUCUCAUCUGCCAACAAGACUAUUCGGACAGCGGCCAUCGAUUAAUGGUGCGUCGAGACCUCUCUCACCGGAAUCCAUCUGCAACUGAACUCGGUGGUUGCCUACUUCGCAUCUCCCAGAUGCAUGCGAGGGCUCUGAAAUUUUCCAGUAGCUUCCCCCAACGCUCACUCUAGAGGUCAAAUCAACUGCGACGACCUUGAAUCUGUAUCAUCCGCCGACAAAAUGGGUCGUUUAAGCAGGAAAUCAUCAAAACCAGAUUCUACAGGUGAUGAGAUUCCAGUCCAGGUUAAACAGGAAGCCUCGGUCGACGAUGAGCUUGGAGAUGAGCCCACCAUCAACCGCCUAGCCGCUGUCAAGCACGAAAAUUCAGCCAGCCCCUCCAACUCACCCUCCAUAUUGCCAACGAAGCUCAAAAAUUCUCGCUCGUCGUCGACCUCGUCGUCAAAUCGACCAUCAGCUGCAGAUAGGGAACACUCCAACGCCAAGGCCGAAUCUCCGGAGACGAAUGGUCACGACGCAACCUCCAUCUCGCCUGUCAAACCCGAGCCCAAGGAGCCCUUGAAGCCCGCAAAGUCAUCUCGAACAGCUUCCAAGCUUCCUCCUCGCGUUGCACCUUUAUUCAACCACUUUCCCGAUGUCAAAGAUGAAGCUACCUCCACCUUCACCGUCCUCGAUGCUUGCACUUAUCAAAAUAAAUAUUUGGGCUUCAGUGAACAUGCUCUUGACUGCGACUGUGCCGAAGAAUGGGACUCGACCACCAAGCAGAAUCUCGCUUGCGGCGAUGACUCGGACUGUAUCAACCGUGCCUGUAAAAUGGAAUGUGCCAACGAUUGUGGCUGCGGGACAUCAUGUCAGAACCAGAGAUUUCUGCGCCGCUUGUACGCCGAUGUGUCCGUCAUCAAAACCGAGAAGAAAGGUUACGGCCUUCGUACGAAUGUCGACCUCCGGCCAAACGAUUUCAUCUUCGAAUACAUUGGCGAGACGAUACCUGAAGCUACCUUUCGCAAACGCAUGGUUCAGUAUGAUAAUGAGGGUAUCAAGCAUUUCUACUUCAUGUCCCUGAGCAAAGGUGAGUUCGUCGAUGCGACAAAGAAAGGAAAUCUCGGUCGAUUCUGCAAUCAUUCUUGCAACCCGAACUGCUAUGUCGACAAGUGGGUGGUUGGCGACAAACUCCGCAUGGGCAUUUUUGCCGAAAGAUACGUUAAAGCUGGUGAAGAAUUGGUGUUCAACUACAAUGUCGAUCGUUAUGGCGCCAAUCCACAACCCUGCUACUGUGGUGAAUCCAACUGCACAGGUUUUAUCGGCGGCAAAACUCAGACAGAGAGGGCCACCAAACUGUCUGCUGCCGUUAUCGAAGCUCUUGGUAUCGAAGAUGCCGACACAUGGGAUACAGUGGUGGCCAAACGUCCUCGCAAGAAGAAGGCGGCCGAAGACGACGAAGACUACGUUGACAGUCUGGAAGCAAGAUCCUUGGAUGCUGACGGCGUGACUAAAGUCAUGGCUGCACUGAUGCAGUGCAAAGAGAAAUGGAUAGCUGUGAAACUGCUACAGCGGAUACAGCGCUGCUCAGAUGACCAGGCAUGGCACAGAGUGGUUCGUUUUCACGGCUAUCAGAUACUGAAUUCACAACUAUCGGCAUGGAGAGAUGACGAAAACAUAACACUACAGAUUUUGGACGUUCUGGACCGUCUGCCAAGGCUGACAAGGAAUAAGAUCGUCGACUCGAAGAUUGAUCAGACAAUGAAACCCUUGACUGAACACUCGGACGAAAGAGUGGCAACGCUAGCCACGGCGCUGCUCGAUUCAUGGUCGCAGCUUGAAAUAGCGUAUCGGAUACCACGGAAGAAGAGGGAGGCUGUCUCGACUCCCAUCAAAGCGGAACCGACACCAUUCGAGCGGCGGGAAGCCGUUGUAGAACGCAAACGAUCCAUAUCGAGGUCUAGGUCCCGGAGUCCCCCUCGAGGCCCGGCAGGUCUAUCGGCGCCGUCUGGCCCGAAAUCACUGCAAAGACCUGGGAAUACGCUUCCCCGGCAUGGCCCUUCCUUUAAUCGGGCACCACCUCCGCUCCCCAAAGGCUGGUUCGCAACCCAAGACAAAGGUAGAACAUACUAUUACUCCGCGACAGGUCAAACUACGUGGGUUAGGCCUACGCGUCCGGCAGAUCAGCCUCCCCCUCCACCCAAACAACCCUCAGAACAAGACGUUCUCAAGAGCAUCAUUGACAAUAUUGUUACCUCCCACGAGAAAGAAGUCAAGACAACCACUCCUGAUACCCCGGAACCCACCAAAGGGAAGAAAGAAGAGCGCUGGAAGUCGUACGACGAGGAAAAGCAGAAGAAGUUGUACGAGAACACGCUCUUCCCACACAUCUCGCACGUAAUGAACAAGUACAAAAACAAGAUCCCUCGUGACGAUCUCAAACGAUUUGCAAAGGAGAUUGCUAAAAAGCUGGUUGCUUCCGACUACAAGGCUGGCCGGGUAAAAGACCCUACCAAGAUCGACGAGCGGCAACAGAAGAAGGUCAAAGAGUUCUGCAAACAGUUCUUCGAAAAGGCAUAUCACAAACACAAGAAGUCCGAGGCAGAGAAGUCUACACCAGACAAGGGCAAGGAUACACCGGCAGGCUCGCCGCCAGCACAGGACGUAUCGCCAGAGAAUGACGAUGAAGAUAUCAAGAUGUCGGACGUCGAGGACAAUGUUGAGGACGCGACACCUACAGCACAGUCUCCUUCGGACCGGGGCACCAAUGGAACACUAAAGCGGAAGCGGCUGGAGGACGAUCUCACUGCCGCGGGUUCUGACCAAGUUGAAGCCGAGUCGUUAGGCUCGCCGUCGAAGAAGAUCAGCUUGGACAUCGACACACCACCGCCCCCUCCACCUCCGCCCGCACCUCCUGUGGAAACCCCACCAGCGAGUACGCCACGAGAGGCUGACGCGGAGGCCGAGACCUCUGCUGAAAUGGAAACUGAUAUUCAUGCCGACACCAACUUCAAGGGGAAAAGCAUGGCUGAUGUUCUCGCUGAGGCGCAGGCAGAGGAUGAAGAGACGGAAGGGGAUGUGGUGAUGAAGAACGGUGUAGACGCCAUCGAUACCCCGGCCUUGGAGAAUCCUAUGGUUGAUGCGCAGCCAGUUGAGGAUCCUAGAGGUUUAGGUGACGGUCAAGGAGAGCGAUGACAGCAUCUUGAUGUGCAGUGGGGGGUAGGGAGGAUUCUUGUAUACUAACUUGGCACAAGGGGCAUGCAUGGCUCUGCAGGUUAGGGGUUGCGCAGCGCAUAGCUCUUGACAUCGAAGGCAGGGGUGUUUAUACUGCCAGGAACUUCUUGGGGGCCAUUGACUUAGAAAUCCAA